UCACUUCGUAAACAUUACAUAUAAUAUACUUUUUAAAAUCAUAUUAAUAUACGAACACUCGAAAACGAGAUAAUUAAAAUUAUUCGUUCUAAUAAGUGUAUUUAGUAUGUUUGCAUUGUAUGCAAUUUUUUUCACCAUUGUUUGUUUAUAUUUAAUUUAAUGAACGAUGAAAUACGUUAAUGUGUUAGUGCAGUUUAACAUCAAGUACUUGAUAUUAAAACAUUCGAAUUUAAUGAAUUAUUAAUACCUAUCUGUUGUUUUUACUGGUUAAUAUAAUGUUGAAUUAUACCACAAACCAUACAGCUCCUUAUAAAGCGCCGAAUGAUGUUUAUCAAAAUCUGUUCCAAGAGACCGAAAAUGCUCAUCGAUUUUCCGUUUCAUCGCUAUUGCAACUGGAAGUAAAAUGCAAGAAACGAACAACCGGUAAAACGGAUAAUGGAAAAUCGCCUUUCAAGAGUUUGAAAGAAGACGAAACUGCUUCGCUUCCCCUGCCCACUGAUCAUCUUGACCGUCCUUGCCUCUCCAAAAAUGCUUUAAAAAAAGGAAUCGGAUGUAAUUGCGAAAUUAAACGAAGAAACAAACCUAGACGAAAUCGCACAACAUUUUCCAGUUGUCAAUUGAAUGCUUUAGAAAGGGUAUUCGAACGUACUCAUUAUCCUGAUGCUUUUGUUCGAGAAGAACUGGCUAAAAGGGUGUGCUUGAGUGAAGCCAGAGUACAGGUUUGGUUUCAAAACAGAAGAGCGAAAUUUCGAAGAAAAGAACGCAACAUUUUAGCAUCGCAUAAAACACCUGAAGCAACACAGUCCAAAUCAGAAACGUUUAAAAGCAUAGAACAACCCUUAUUACCAAGAGCAACCACUUACAAUCAUAUAACUUCUGGCCAUUAUAUAGAUUACUACACCAAUAACAAUUGGAAGAACAGUAAUAUGACACAAUUUGGUAUGUUUGGGACCAACUUUUCUUCCAGUAUUCCAGGUUCAACAUUCAUCAAUCCAAGUAACUCAGAAUAUGGAAACAACGGAACAUUCAUCAACCAUCCAGCCAUCUCAGUAUCAUCAAACUUAGCCAGCACUUUGAGAUUUCGAGUUCAAGAUUUCUCAGUACACACUUCCGUUUAGUAAACACUUUGUACACUUAAAAUCAUAAAUAAAUUUUUAUUCGCAGUAAAAA